AAUUCGCCUGUUUCCCCCCCAAAAACCCAAUCCCCGCCCCCCGGCCUCCUUCCGAAAUAAAUACACGGGCGCACUACAGGAAGAAGAGGAAGGGUAGAAGAGCACGCAAGCCUUCGUCAGUUACAGGCAAGCCGCUGCUCGAGAUCGAGAGAGAGAGAAAGGUAGGAGUUGCUGCUGAGGAGAGAGAUGGCGGGGAAGGGCGGAAAGGGUCUGCUUGCGGCGAAGACUACGGCGGCCAAGGGCGCCGCCGCCGCCGAUAAGGACAAGAAGAAGGCGCCGGUUUCCCGCUCCUCCCGCGCCGGGAUCCAGUUCCCAGUGGGACGUAUCCACAGGCAGCUCAAGCAGAGGGUCUCUGCAAACGGCCGUGUUGGCGCUACUGCUGCCGUGUACUCCGCAGCAAUCCUUGAGUACCUGACUGCUGAGGUCCUGGAGCUGGCCGGCAAUGCCAGCAAGGAUCUCAAGGUGAAGCGUAUCACCCCGCGCCACCUGCAGCUCGCCAUCCGUGGAGAUGAGGAGCUUGACACCCUCAUCAAGGGCACCAUCGCUGGUGGUGGUGUCAUCCCUCACAUCCACAAGUCCCUCAUCAACAAGACUUCCAAGGAGUGAAUGCAACGCACUGUCCUUAAGUGUUUGUGUAUCUUCGUGUGACCCCUGUUAUGUUGUGUUUGUCAGAACCUGAACUUAAUUAGUUGUUGCUGGAUUCGUGAUGGGGCUAGCUUAUUAGGGAAAGACUUCGCAGCAGAUGUAAUCGUGAUGUGGAACUGCAAUUCCGUAUGUUGAUGAAAGACUUGUCUAAUCCGUUGCUAUUUGUCUUGGUG